AUGGUGAUGUCAGCGGGCACCUACACCUUCCUGGCGUGUUUCGCUGGUUUCUGGCUGAUCUGGGCGCUGGUAGUCAUGCUCUGCUGCAUCUGCACCUUCCUCCAGCGCCGGCUGAAGCGACAGCGCGAGCGGCGGCUGAGGGAACAGUCUCUGCGGGCGCUGGAGAUGGAGCUCCUUGACUGUCACAGUGGAGGAUACCCGCCUCUUCCUCCUCCUCCUCCUCCACCUCUUUCUCCGUCCACAGAACCAGUGCAGUUCUGCCCACCUCAGACGCUUGCCCCGCCGGUUCCUCUGCAAGUCCCACACCGGCUGCCAGAGGGCCAACUGGGUCACAGGUGGCAGGUACCACCAGUCCCGCUGGGUUUCUCUACUCCCGGCCGGUUCCUUACCGGCCGGGAGUAUCCAGAUCUGUUUGGGAAACCGCCAUGUUAUGAGGAGGCCGUCCUCAUGGAGGACCCCCCACCUCCUUACAACCAGGUCUUGGCUGAUCCACGUGGGGGAAUCUAUAUCAAGCCCACUUUACAUGGAAUACCACCGCCCCCUCGGCAGAACCAUCCGGAUCCUCCACCAGCGCCAGUGUCAGAGACCAGAAAGCUUCCCCACUUGGCGCUGUACCCCGAGCGGGGUUACUCCUCCCUGAUCCGCCUGCCUUCAGCGCGACGCUGGGACUCGCUGGGUCACCUUCUAUCCACCAUCGACCUGAACUACAACAACGUGGUGCCGCUGGAGCUUGGCUCUCUCCAGGCGGCGGCUGCCAUGGCAACCAUGCCUCGCCGGGAGGCCAGGACGCUCCCGGGGGGCUCUGGACUGCGAGGAGCGAUGCACAGAGUUCAGGAGCUGCGGGGUGUCCGGGACUUGAGAGGAUCGCAGCCAAGCUGUGGUCUGCCCACGGUCUCUCCUCUCCUGGGUAGGAGCACUGCCGUCUAG